CGGGUUUAUUUACAUAGAAAAAUUUUCGGCUCGAAUAAAAAUGCGGAAGUGUCUUGUUAAAAAUUGCGUUUUCAAGAAUAAACCAAAAGAUCACAGUAAUGAAUUCGCAUAGGCGGAGAGUUUGUCCAUUUUUUCGUACUCGUAUUAUUCAUUUUCACUACUAUCACAUAAAAAGUGAACGGAACACUCUGUAAACAAACCCGUGGGAAGUGUCAGAAAACUGCAGCAGCGUCCCGAACUUGAAUCAGUAGCUCCUGAGCCACAAACCAAUCAACAUCGUCGCUAAUGGCUCCCAAGAACGAAAAUCUAGCCGCCCUGGUGUACGGUCCGAAUGACCUGCGCCUGGAGCCCCGUCCGAUCCCCGAUCCGGCCUUCAACGAGGUAGUUGUCGAGGUGGACAGUUGCGGUAUCUGCGGCACCGAUAUUCACUUUCUCAAAGACGGAGGUUUCGGAGCUCAACGGUUGAUUAAACCGAUCGUUCUAGGACACGAAUCCGCUGGAGUGGUUCGUAAAGUAGGCAGUCAGGUAACGCACCUGAAGAUUGGCGAUCGAGUCGCAAUCGAGCCUGCUGCCGGCUGUCGUACGUGUGACCUUUGCAAGGUCGGCAAGUACAAUAUCUGCUUGGACGGGAAACACUGUACGACGCAGAAACAUGACGGUAAUUGUUCCAAUUACUACGCUCAGUAUGCGGACUGUUGUUUUAAGCUGCCGGAUCAUGUAACGAUGGAAGAAGGUGCGCUGCUGGAACCGUUAGCGGUGGCAGUCUACGCUGGACGACGAGCGCAAAUCGGGUUGGGCCAGAAGGUGAUUAUUUUCGGCGCCGGCCCGAUCGGAUUGGUGUGCUUGAUUGCCGCCAAAGCGAUGGGAGCAACCAGGACGGUCAUCUUGGAUCUAGAACACGCCAAGCACCGGUUGGAGGUGGCGAAAAAGUUGGGGGUUACCGGUGUCAUUGGUAUCAAGAAGGACGACCAGGAAGAUGAUCUGGUGCGCAAAAUCCACGAAGUGCUUGGUGGUCCGGCUGAUCGUGUGCUAGAGUGUACCGGCUCCCAGCCAGGAAUGAGAAUUUCGAUUAAAGCUACAAGAAAUGCUGGUCGUAUUUGUUUGGUAGGGCUUGGAAACAAGGACGUCCAGUUGCCGAUGGUGGAUGCCAUUUCCAGAGAAAUCGACAUCACCACCUGCAUGCGAUACAAUCACGACUAUCCCGCGGCUUUGGAAAUUGUGGCCAGCGGAUAUGUGAACGUGAAACCGCUGGUAUCUCAUCAUUUCGACCUGGCAAACGUCCACGAAGCCUUUCGGGUGGCCAGCCAGGGUGAAGGAAUCAAAAUCAUGAUCCAUCUGGUGCCGAGAGACACCAAUAAUCCGAAGAAGUUUGUGAAUUGAAUUGUUAAAAUAUAUUACAACAGCAAAUAAUAUAAAUUUUCCACCAGCAA